AUAUACAUCAGGAGAAGUGAGGUUGUGGGACACUCGCACCUGGGACUACACAGCCCCCAUCCUGGAACCAGUGCACGGUGCUGGUGAUGCUGGACCUCAGCCACAUGUCUCCUUUGUGAGGAUAAACAGCUCUCUGGCUGUAGCAGCUUAUGAGGACGGAACCGUUAGCGUCUGGAACCUGAUGUUUGGGCGGGAGCCCAUCCAUCGUUACCAGCACAAUCAGAGGAUACAGGCUUUAGCCCUUGGUUCAGAGGGCGCGACGGUAGCAACGGCAUCUGGCUUCGAGGUCAAGGUGGAGAGCCCUGAUGACAGAGGAUUCUGGCAAACUACAGGAACAUUUGAAAUCCAGAAGUUGGUCAACUUCCUUAAUCUGGUUCCAGAUGUUAUGGGGAGUCCGGUCGCUGUAGCAGCUGCAGAAGACAUUGUCUAUCUCCUGAAAGCAGAAGAUCCUGGGAAAAUUCUCCAUUCUGUCUAUGGUCAGCCUGUCACGUGUCUCGAUGUGUCUGCUCAUGAGGCAGCCUUUGGGGUCAAAACCUUUGGCUGGUUAUUGAAUGAGCCCAACCAGGUAAUUAAUUACAAUCUGUUGUUCAACUUUUAUACCUUCAUAAUUAACAAAAGAAAAAAGACCGUUUCCUUCCCUGGUAUUCAGUUUUUGACAGCCAGUGGUGAGCUGUCAGCAACGAGGGGAGGAGAGUGCUUCAGGCAGGUGGAGAAGGAAGCAGGAG